AUGGUGACUGCGGGAGGCUUCACCUAAGACUUUACACGGAACAAAAACCUGGGAUUUACUGCGCUCACGUUUCCGCUCAGGUGUCACGGUAAAGGUGUUAAUACCUCUCUCGGCCCCCGCGUGUUUCUUUUCCGGCGCCCCUGUAGUGAAUAUUUGUAGUUUGGAGUAGCAUUAGAGUAGUUUUUGGUUGUAUUUGUGUUCAGAUGACGGCGCAGGUAGACUACCUGGCGGUGGUUUUCGCCGCCACAUCUGGCGCGAGCGGAGAGCUGUUAGGAUCCGACGAGAAGGAGCUCGUGCACUUGGUUUGGCAGCUCGUGGAUGUCAAAAACAAGAAGUUGGGCAAGGUGAAUGAGCUUCUCAUUAAGCCUGACCUCUCAAACUUGACAGAGGAAAAAGGGGAGGAGGAUGUUGUGGAGGAGAGCGUUGAAGAAGAGAAUGGAUCUGGAGCAGAUAGCGUCUCUACAGCUUCGAGUCUUGAAGCAGCUUUAAAUCUGUUUCAUCUACAACUGACAAAUGAGGUGAACAGCGCGGGCACAGGCACGUCAGUGUGUUUGUGUACUGACGGGCAGCUUCACAUCCGUCAAGUGAUUCACCCUGAGGCUGCGAGCAAGAACAUCCUGGUGCCAGACUGUUUCUAUUCUUUUUUUGACCUCCGGAAAGAGUUCAAGAAGCACUUUCCUACAUCUGACCUCAAGGCUUUGAAUGUCCACAUCAUGGCAGAAUCUCUUAGUAUACCUGUCGACGUGCCUGCCAUGUGGGAUCCCUCAGCUACACUGGAUCCUGCAGCCAUAAUGCCCCCAGAAAUUGCAGUGCAGCAAGUCCAGAUUAUGGCCAAUAUUGUUCUUGCCUUGCUUUCUGAGCCAUUUAGUCACACAUUUUCUAACCCCGAGAAAGUUAGUGAGAAGUUUGAGACUGGCACUUGCAGUAAGAUGGAGAAAGUGUGUGAUAAUACAGUGAUCAGAGCCAGAGGGUUGCCAUGGCAGUCAUCUGACCAGGACAUUGCUCGAUUUUUCAGAGGACUUAACAUCGCCAAAGGAGGGGCUGCGUUGUGUCUUAAUGCCCAGGGGAGAAGGAACGGAGAAGCUCUCGUUCGUUUUGUCAGUGAAGAACACAGAGACCUAGCGCUGCAGAGACACAAACACCAUAUGGGCAACAGAUACAUAGAGGUUUACAAGGCAACAGGAGAGGAUUUCUUGAAGAUAGCUGGAGGUACGUCCAACGAGGUAGCGAUGUUCCUGUCCCGUGAGGACCAGAUCAUAGUGAGGAUGCGAGGUCUUCCUUUUACUGCCACACAUGAGCAGGUGCUCGCCUUCUUCUCGCCGGGGGAGGGGCUUAAAGAGACAUGUCCGGUCAGCGGGGGAAAAGAUGGCAUCCUAUUUGUUCGCUACCCAGAUGGGCGUCCCACUGGCGAUGCUUUUGUUUUAUUUGCCUGUGAGGAACACGCCCAGUGCGCUCUGAGGAAACACAAGGAAAUCCUGGGGAGAAGAUAUAUUGAGUUGUUCAAAAGUACAGCAGCAGAAGUCCAACAGGUGUUGAACCGGUACUCGUCAGCCCCUUUGAUCCCUGUAGCUCCUGCCCCCCUAGUGUCAGUGUUACCCACAGUAUCUCUCCUGCCCCCUCCUGGCAGUGUGAGAGACUGCCUCAGACUGAGGGGGCUGCCGUACACAGCGAGCAUAGAAGACAUCCUCACCUUCCUGGGCGAGUUUACACAUGAUAUCAGACCACAUGGUGUGCACAUGGUACUCAACCAGCAGGGCCGUCCGUCAGGUGACUGUUUUAUCCAGAUGACCUCAGCAGAGCGAGCACUUCUGGCUUCACAACGGCUCCACAAACAUGUGAUGUCCAGCCAACGCGGGACAAACAGUCGCUAUGUGGAAGUUUUUCCCUGCAGUGCCGAGGAGAUGGGCCUGGUGCUGAUGGGAGGCUCACUCUCACACACAUAUACACACACACUCACCCGGAGCAGGAGUGGGACAGGGCUCAGCCCGCCGCCAUGUUUAUCACCACCUUCCUAUUCUGCCUACCCCGCUCCACCUGUGCUGGCCACAGAGGCUGCUGCUGCCCUCUACCCCCCCAUUGGUCAGAUGCUGCUGCCCCCCCGCCCCCUCCCACCAGGACACGCAUACUACCCUGUAUCUUCACAGUUGUACAUGAACAUGAACAUGAACUACUCAGCCUAUUAUCCCAGUCCACCUGGCUCACCUACUACCAUAGGCUUCUUCCCCUCCCCCUCGUCCCUCACCUCCCCAGGGGGUUUGGUACGCAUGCCAGGUCUGACCUACACCAGCAAUGGAGUCAAAGACAUCAUUAAUGCAAUGCAGGGAUAUCAAUACACCCCUGAGGAUGCUCUCAUGCACGCACACGGGCCUGUGCACGCUCACGACCCGUCCAGGACACUGCUUACGCAGCCCAAAGAAUGGAGUCCCGCAGAGUCGGUUUCCCUCCUGAGCGGCAGUCUGGUUGGUCAGUCCAGUGGAGGCGACGCUCCUCUCAUGUCCCUUCCUGCUCUUGUGACCAAACCUGCAGGGCAGUACCUGGAUCUGACCCUGCUGUAGGGACGCAAACACACAAACACACAUACAAAGGUCAUGUGACAAUUCUGUGUAUGUCAAAGACUAUUUAUGUAUUUUUAGAUUUUUAAAAAUAGUCUUUUUAGAUGUUAUUUAUAUCUUUAAAACAGAAAUUAAUGUAUUUUAUACCAAAUCAAUGUGGCCUUAGCCAAAAUAGCAGUUUUGUCUCAUAUUGCACAGUGUGUAUUUUAAAAGCUUUAUAGAGAUUUUUUUUUAACAUGUUAUGAUGUUAUAAUCAUUAUGAUAUAUUUGCUGUAAAAGUAGAGAAGAAUGAUCUGGUAGCAACAGAGCUAAAUCUGUUUUCUCAAGCUUUUCAGUGAACCAAAGUGAGACUGUGUGUGAAUGUGAGAGAGAUGAGAAUGAGCAUUAUGCAUGUCUGUGUCGAUAGAUUUGUUUCUUAAUCUGUUAAUGGAAUGCAUUUUAUUUGUUUAUAUACAUUUGAUACAGUACAGUGAUUGUAUUGGAAGCUUUAGUGCAUGAAGAAUUUAGUAGUAAAAUGUUUAAGAUGUUUACAUAAUGCCAAAUACCAAUGCACUGCUAAUCAAUAAUAAGACUACUGAUGAAUAUAUAAUAGCAGUAUCUUUGAAUGAUAGCAUAUGUUACACUGUGAGUUUGUCGAAUAAUCUGAUCUUUGCAUCAGACUUCGCUUACAAAGAUAUGACAUCUCACACCUUCAUUUUCCCCCCAUAUGUACCCUGUGCAGGUGUGUUUCCAUGUUGUGUAAUGCCAAUGUUGCUUUGUCUAUUGUUGUGGACUCACGCCUUAACAGAGGACAGCCCCAGUUCUCUGUAACCUGACCACAGCAUUACAUUCUUCAAGGCGACUAAUGUCACAAUAUCUCAGCUUACCGGGUGAAUCUCGGGAGCCAGAGGUGGUUUUAUCAACUGUUAGACUCAGAUAGGACCACAUGCAUUGAUCAGUUCAUGCACUUUCCUUUUCAUCUUUCAACCGUCUACACUGAUGUCAGGGAACGAGAU